GGGGACCAGGAGGGAGGUGGCCACUCAGAUCCCAGUGGGACAGCUGGCAGGCAGCAGGCAGUUGGGCCACGUGGUCCUCUCCCCAGUCUGGUUCCUCUACAACCUGCUCAUGAAGCUGUUCCAGCGCUCCACCCCGGCCAUCACCCUCGAGAGCCCGGACAUCAAGUACCCGCUGCGGCUCAUCGACAAGGAGAUCAUCAACCACGACACCCGGCGGUUCCGCUUUGCCCUGCCGUCACCCCAGCAUGUCCUGGGCCUCCCUAUUGGCCAGCACAUCUACCUCUCGGCUCGGAUCGAUGGAAACCUGGUCAUUCGGCCCUACACGCCCGUCUCCAGUGACGACGACAAGGGCUUCGUGGACCUGGUCAUCAAGGUUUACUUCAAAGACACCCACCCCAAGUUCCCCAGCGGAGGGAAGAUGUCCCAGUACCUGGAAGGCAUGAAGAUCGGGGACACCAUCGAGUUCCGGGGCCCGAACGGGCUGCUGGUCUACCAGGGCAAAGGAAAGUUCGCCAUCCGUCCGGACAAGAAAUCCAACCCAGUCAUCAAGACGGUGAAGUGUGUGGGCAUGAUCGCGGGCGGGACAGGUAUCACCCCGAUGCUGCAGGUGAUCCGCGCCAUCAUGAAGGACCCGGACGACCACACCGUGUGCCACCUGCUCUUUGCCAACCAGACCGAGAAGGACAUCCUGCUGCGGCCGGAGCUGGAGGAACUGAGGAACGAACAUUCCGCGCGCUUCAAGCUCUGGUUCACGGUGGACAAAGCCCCUGAGGUUUGGGACUACAGCGAGGGCUUCGUGAACGAGGAGAUGAUCCGGGACCACCUCCCGCCGCCGGAGGAGGAGCCGCUGAUACUGAUGUGCGGGCCGCCGCCCAUGAUCCAGUACGCCUGCCUGCCCAACCUGGACCGCGUGGGCCACCCCACCUGCUGGGCUGGCCCCCAAGGCGCCCCUUCGGGAUCGGGGUUCGGUUACUGUGGCCGCCACGGCCGCCUUCAGGACAGGCUCCUGUCUGACCCUCACUGGUUCUUACAGUGAUGGCCGCCCGGGCUCGGUCCCUCCCCCAGCCCCACCCCGCACACUACUGGGCCAAGGCCGCCAGCAC